AUGGAUAUCAAUAACAUGUGUAGCUUUCCUGAGGGCGGCCAGCAGCCAGGUGCCAUCGAUUAUAUUAUCACGAGUCUCAGCAGAGGAAUUCGCAAUCCCACUCUCGUGCUGCGAGAAUCCGCCGAGGUUGACAAUGGCUCACUGCCUCUCGAUCUUCCACCCGACAUCAACGACUCUGACAUGGAUCCUUCUGAUGUGACCCUCGAGGGAGAAUACGACAUUGAGGAAGUGGAAAGGGACCCCGAUAUCGAAGGCUGGAUAGGCUUUUCGGGCGAUGCCUGGCCCUACUUCCACCAAGCACUGUUUUUCGGGCUGAGACUUCUCUGGUCAGGCGUUCGAGGCAUCGCGUCCAUGUUCAUGAUGGGCCUUAAGUUGCUGCUCGCUGGUCUCUACUUCGCUUUUGUUGGCGGUUUUGAAUGGUCGUUCCUCUAUUUACUUAUCCCCAUCAUUCUUAUAUUCAUUAUUUCUGAGAUCCAACCUCGAGUACACUUCUUCCUCAGAGUCAUCGUUGCCCUCAUGCUUCAUGUUGUGGGACGACUACGGGCAAGCUUUACUGAGUAUAGAGGUUGA